UAAUUCCCAAUUAUUACCAAUUUAAAGAUCUCCAAGCUCAAAAUUUAAAUCCACUUCGUACCUUCCUCAUGAAAAUGCUACUCCCAAUUACCGUCUCGUUCGCUUUUAAUUAUCCCGAAUCAAUUUUGGGUUCAAACCGGGGUUGUUUCUGUUCACUGGGCUGCCUUGGAGGUAAUGGUCCGCAACAAAAUGUCUCUGGGCCGCGGAUAAUAGUCUGCAGGCUGCUUACAGGGCGCUGGGCCGUGGAGAACCCGCUGCUGGGCCGAGAAAAUGGGCUGGGAAAAGGCUGUGGAAGAGCAGGUCGGAAUUGGGCCUUCGCGGGCUUAAAGAGGUGGAGCUACGGGCCAAAAGUUGGGCUGUACGUGGGCCAAAAUCGGUCCCUCACGGGCUGGAGAACUGGCGCAACGCGGGCUGAAUCGCGGGCCUGGCGCGGGCUUCGCAUGCUGAAGUCUGUGAGGAGUGCGGGCCGCUCGGGCUGGACGCAGCCCGCGAGCUGGAGUGAAGGUAGUGUGGUUGUGAAGACCUAUGUUAGUAGCCACAGCUGCCAUAGGGACUUGAACACUAAACAAGCAACUGCUUCUUGGGUUGCUGGGGAAUAUCUACCUAUGAUUAGAAAGAAGCCUAAGAUGAAAAUUUAUGACUUAGAGGAUUCUAUCAGUGAAAAAUAUGGUGUGCAACCCUCUAGGUGGAAACUGUACAAAGCAAAAACUAAGGCUCUUAAACUGCUUAGAGGUACAGAGGAGGAGCACUAUGGAAAACUUAGGAGGUACAUUGCAGAGCUUCAAAGGGUUGAUAGAAAUGGCACAUUUCAGCUGAAAUUGGAGAGUGGCGGUGUAUUCAAAUGUUUUUAUGUUGGUUUUAGUGCACUAAGACAAGGUUUCUUGCAAGGCUGUAGGCCAAUUAUUGGCCUUGAUGGGGCUUUCUUGAAGACCUUUUUAGGAGGUGUAUUAUUGUGUGCUGUUGGCAAGGAUGGGAACAACCAGAUAUUUCCUUUGGCAUGGGCAGUUGUGGAUUCUGAGAAUGAGAGCAAUUGGAAAUGGUUUCUAGACAUACUUUUUCAAGAUUUGGGGAUAUCAGAUGGACUUGGAUGGACAUUUAUCAGUGAUCAGCAAAAG